CAAGCACCACCAUCACCACCAAGUCACAAUGACAACCUCCACAACAUCCACCUCCCCCUUCCACAUCCCCCUCGACCUCUCGCGCACCGCCCUCCUCCUCACCGACAUCCAAACCGACAUUCUCUGCCGCUUCCCCCCGGCAGUCCAAGAACCCUACCUCCAAGACAUCCACACCCUCCUCACCCUCUUCCGGGAGGAAAUCACCCGCCGCCGGACCACCACCACCACCAACCCCACCACCCCCCGCAACAGCAACACAGCAAUCCCCCUCAUAAUCCACCACAUCCUCCCGCACGGCCUCAACAGCAACGCCUUCAUCUCCCCCUACAACAAACUCUCCACCUGGGCGCAGCGCGUCCUCCCGCCCCCGUCCCCCGCCCACAAAGACCCCACCCACCCGAUCUACCCCGUGAGCUCGUUCGGCUCCUCCGAUCUGUGGGCGUACCUGCGGGCGCGGGAGGUGCGGCAUGUCGUGCUGGUGGGGCUGACGGCUGUCGGGGCGGUGUUGGGGUCCGCGCGCCACGGGGCGGAUUUGGAUUUGCAUGUUGUUGUGGUCCGGGAGGGGGUGUUGGAGGAGGAGGCGGAGGUGGGGGCGUUUGUGGUCGAGAGGGUUUUGGGAAGGUUUGUGGAUGUUGUUGACCUUAGGGAGGUGGUGGAGGUCUUUGGGGGGGAGUAG